CUUGAGCUUUCAUCUGCCUCGUUUUUGGGCUCAUGCCCUAAAAUAUUCCGGUAAAACAGGUAAGUGGCAUGGAUAUGUUACAUACAUCACGGUGGACCCACAAAUUUAAGUCAUUCCUUUCUGGACCAAUUUUCCAUAUGGAAGUAAUGACCUAAUUAAACAGCCAUGAGGAAUAAUAAUGAACUAUCAUGUAUUUGCGAUGGAAAUUAAAAAAUAAAAUAAAAUCAAACGGACCCUAAAAACUUGGAUCGAUCUUUCACACAUAUUCAACAUUAGGAAGCAUCCUCGUGCAUUGAUGGGCAGGGCGCCAAACGAGUGUGGGCUAAUCACACUUCUUAAAUUAGCUGCUUAAAAUAGAUUUGUUAGCUACUCAAGAAAAAAAAAAGGAUAUUAAAUAGAGAGGAGGUUAAUCAAAAGUAGUAUGUCUAAAGUCCAGCUGAUUGAAGUAUAAGUUAUGGUCCACCCAGUCAAUAACUCCCAACCUUAAUGUGUGUGUGACAUCUAACCCGUCCAAUUCGUUGGCCUUAUCAUGAGGAUCACGUUGUACAUGAUAAAAAAGAAAAUUCCAGACAGUGGCCUUAUAAAUUUAUGUAAUUAAUAAGAGGGUAAUUGUAAAAAUACCAGAAAUAUACAAUCGUUUAACUGUAAAUUUACCGUUUCAAUAAAUGCAUCAAUGGAAAUUAAAAAAACAAAACAAGAGAGAAACCAAAGGGCCUGAAAACGUUGACUACCUUUCGGAACUCUUCAAACCUUCAUUUGGACCACACCAAGAGAAAAAUGGCAACAGCCAAGAACAGAUCUCUUCUAUUCUCUUCAUGUUCUCUUUUCAUGGCCUCUCUCUUUGCUUACUCUGCAUCAGUUCAGUUCAAUGACCCUGAUUGGUAUUUUUGGUUUCCCCUCUAUGCUUCAGCUGCAGCUGUUAAUCUUCUUCAUACCAAAUCCACAUCCAAAACAAGCAAUCAGAUAGCCAAACUGGGUUUUGGGUUUGGAAUGUUUUUGUUUCUGAAGGUUUUGGUGGAAGGAUAUGUGAAUGGGUCAGCUGGAUUCUUGUGUUUGAAUAUGAACGAGAGAGUGGUGAGAGAGAAAAUGGGAAGUGGGCUUGUCGUAAUUUCCAUGUUUUUGCAAUUGAGAGCUUCUAGAAUUUCCAAAGGACACAUGAAAAGGAAGGGAGAGGAAGUUGGAAAAUACGUGGAAUGGGGGAUGGCAUUGGUGGUGGCUGUUUGUCUUGGCCUUUCUCUGGCCUUCUUUGUGUUAGUAAAAGAGAUUUGAAGCUGUGGACAUGAAAUCUUUGUAAUGGAACAGAUACAUGAGGAUGUGAUGGGAAUUGAAAGAUACAAGGGUGUAAUUGGACUGGAGUUUUUGCAUGUGGGGCCCAUAUUUCAACGGUCCACAUCACUGAAAUGGCACCCUUUAAUGUGUGGUCUCUUCUCCAUUGAAUGUGGAUCAUUGCUGUAUUUUUUUUCCCCUCUGAACUGUGUAAUUUUAGGCUGAAGUAUCAAAGGUUUGGUGUACUGGAAUUUUGUAGA